AUAUGCUUCGUGAGAAUUAAAAUAAUACAGUAAGAAAAUGAGUGAUAACUUCUGAAAAUUUCCACUCGUUGUAUGAUUAAAUUCAUCUUGCAAUCAUUGAAAUAAAUGUAAUGAUAGUUCUAUAGCAAGGAAAGGUAGUAUGCUGCAUAAUCAACGGAGACUACCUAAAACUGAGCGUAGUUAAUGAAAGUUGCGAUUGAUGGUAUCAUAGUUUGGCAAAUGUAGAUUACCGAAAGAAAGUCUACGUAAAUCCUUUUUCGAUUUUAUUGUUAUUACUGACACAAGAAUUUAAUUAUACACAAAUUUUUCAUAUGGAUUAAACAGUUUAUCGAAAUUUCAAGUGAUCCGAGUAUAAGAGUAAUAUCGAUGCGUAUAGAUAGUACGACAUAAAUGACAGUGAUGUAUAGAAAAUAAAUAUCUUGAUAAAAAUGACGUGGUGAAGAGAACCUUAUCGUUUUACAAAACCAUCGAAGAAAUUGCAAGUUUUGAAGAUGAUUGAAGAACAUUUUUUGUAAUCAAGAAGCUAUUUUAAUUAUGCUACUUACACACAAUCCGAAAAAGGUUUUUACUAUCUAUUGUUACGUAUUACGUAUUAUGAAAUUAUCUGCUAUUAUAAUGAUGGCUAAUAUUUUUGUACAUUUGGAAGGUGUUUUAUGAUGGAGGAAAGUACAAGUUCUGAAAAUGUUUGGUGUAAAAGUAAAGCUGAAGAACAAAAUAGCUUGUACCAUGAAGAAUCUAUAACUCAGUCUAUGGAAGCUAGUUCUACUUCUUUAGCAGAUAUAUUUAAUACUGCAUUUACAUCAACAGUUGAUCCAUCUCCGCAAUCAAGAUUUAAUUCAGCUAAUGAAAUGGAGUAUGAACAUCUAUUCGCAGAGAGUGAUAUAGAGGAUUCAGAUGUAGUACCUAUUAACCGUUAUGUAAAUUCACCGCAUCAUCCUACUCCAGAUAAUGCUUUCGUUUGUGGAAGUUAUUUACGUGCACCUGAAGCUGGAGGAGGAAUUUUACACGAACGUGAUCCUCCAGUGAAACAUAGAAGUAAAAAAAGGGAGGAACAUAAAUUAAUCAAUCAAUCAAUUGAUCAACCAAUUGAUAGUUUAAGCGUAGCUGGCCCAUCAAGAUUAUCAGAUGGAAUUUCUAAUAGCACAAUCAGAUCAACAGCCAGCAAUGGAACCAUUUUAAGCAGAGUUAUACAGAACAUUGAAAAUGACAGUGCCAAUGAACCCAAUACUUUAUAUCAUUCAGUUUUGCCAAAUACAAUUAAUCCUCAACAGCAGUCGAUCCAUACAAGAAACGAUGAUACACCAUCAGCACCAGAUCUGCAAUUGGAUUGGUCAUCGAGUAGUGACGACGCUACCAGUAGCGAUGACGAAGAUGGCUCGGUUGAAGUCCUUGGAACAGUAAAUCAUAAUAACAAGCAAAAUUCUGUACAAAAUAACGAAGAGGGUAAUCGUCCGGUAACUGUAGUUGAUUUAACCGUGGAAUCAGAUGAAGAACAUACUCCACCUACGCCAACAACUUCAGUAGUAAAUCCAACAGAUUAUGUACAUAGUGGGAACAACUCUUAUUGUAUGCAUGGCACACCAGACUACAUGUACCAUAACAGGUGUAUGCAUCACAAUUAUAGAACUCCAGUUCCAGUUAUACCUGUAGGAUAUGGAGUACCAGAUAUUUUACAAAUAAGACCGCGUAUGCAUCCUGUACAAGAAAGAUUAUGGAGGAUACAGCAGCGUGUACAAGAAGUACAUAGGAGAUGUCAAUAUCCAAGAUUUUCGUCGCAUCACACUAGCACAUCGUCGUGUAAUCCGCACGUGCAUCAAGCAAACCAGCACACGUGUAAUAACGGAAAUUCUAAUCCCCCGAAUAAUCGUUGCAAUGGUACGGAAAAUAUGACCUACGUGGAAAAUUAUCUUCCGUCUCCGAUAUUACCACCACCACAGCAACCUACCGUUUAUAGUCAUCCAGAAGCGAGAGGAGCACCGAGUUUUAGUCCACCUUGUCCCGUGCAACCUGUUAUGGAAAAUUCUUUGAGUGGUGUUGUAGAAAUGGAACCAACACCAUCAGUAUUGCCCCCAAUGUCGGUUCAUCCAUAUGUACAUCAUCAUAUGUAUCAUUAUGGUCCUCACCGAAGACAACCCGGGCCACAUAUUCAUAUAAACUGGUUGCCACAUCCUCCUUUGCAAGGAUCUGGGGCUCAUGAUAUGAUGCCAUUUUCACCUUUGAGUUCACUUCACAUGCGCCUUGCAUACAAUUUACGACGUAUGGCUCACAUUAGUUGUGGAGCAACUCAGGAGUCAAUUGAAAAUCAUACAUUCCGCCAUAAGUACAAACGGGUUAAGAAAGUUGAAAAUGGUGAAGAUGCUAUAGAAAAGUGUACUAUAUGUUUGUCUGAAUUCGAAGACUGUGAAAGUGUCAGGAGGCUUCCAUGUAUGCAUUUAUUUCACAUAGACUGUGUUGAUCAAUGGUUAUGGACGAAUAAACGCUGCCCUAUAUGUCGAGUGGAUAUCGAAACUUUCCUGCAUAAGGAACUUGCCAGCACUGCAUAGUUUAAGGUUGAUUUUAUCCAACUGUUUUCGUUUAUAAAUAUAAUCAGGUAAUAUCCACAUCAUUUAAAUACUUUGAGAUAUCCUAAUCAUGGGUAAUCCCAUUUCUGACAAUGUUAUGGAUGUUGGUGUAAAAAAAAAUUUCACUGUGAAUAAUCAAAAUAUGAAUAACUAAAAUAGAACUAAGUUCCUGGAGUAGUAGGGGAGGUUUGUUUUGAUUUAACAUUAUUAUCCUUGCAUUCGUUUUAUGGGUAUUAAUAAUGCUGUAUAUAAUGAAUGUUAGGUUUGUUACAUGUUAUUAAUGAAAUUUGUAUUUUUUUUUUAAAUGAUUUGUCGCGUACAUAAUGCUUCACGUAACAACAAAUUGUUGAAAUUAUAUCAAGCAUUUGAAAUCAUAUAUGUCUUCACGUUUAUUUUUAUCCAACUUUUUCAUUACUUGUAAUAAGAAAAGAAGAUGUUAAUUAUUGAAACCUCUAGGCAGUUGCCAAUUAUUGUGAAUUUUUUUUUAAUAGAAACCGAAAAAAAUAGCAGAUGUAAGCUAAUAAGAAUCAUACAAAAAUAGUUUAUUUCUGAAUAAUAGUAAUUCUACUGGGUGCUAUAUUGAUAUAAAUUUUAUAAACACUAAACAUGUAUUAAUAAUUUAUGAAGAAGUUACAAGUUCCGUAUUGGAACGAUUCUUUGAGGCUAUAUGUGUAAAUUUUCACUAAGUUUUUAUAUUAAACGAAUUUUUUUAUUAAAAUUGUACUUGUUAUACUUAAAUAAGUAAUUGUAAAAUUUAAUCAGUUACAAGUAAUACGUUUUGAUAUUUUAAAUUUUCAAAUUUCUUACGGUGUAUAAAAGAAAAAAAAAACGUAAUGAACUUUAAAUAACACCAAAUUUUACAAAUAGAGUAAAGUCUUCAUGAAAAGAGUUAAUAUAAGUUGGAAAUAAAGAGCAUAAUAAAAAAAAAAAUAUAAAAAACAGUAUAGAUAAAAUUUUAAUGAAAUAAGUAUAAUUAAAUGCAUACAACUACUAAUAUUAUGUAAUGUUGCUGUAUAUUAUUAUUGUAUAUAUCAAAACAUAAUAACAUAAUAUAUAUUACAUAUAUACAUCUAUACAGUGACAUUACAUAAAACACUUUCAGCAGGCAUAUAUCAACUACGUGCAGUGUAAUUUUAUAACUUCAUUUUAUAUAUCAAUGGCAGGAGUUAAUUCGUCUUAUUCAACAUAAUAAUAACGAUUUUCACCAAGUGUAUUUUCAACAUUCAAAUGAAAAGCAGACUAUUUUCACUUGUUUUUUAUACAAAUAAUAUAAAUGCCUUUUCAAAGCAAAGAUAUCUGAUAAAAUAUCCUUGAUUUUUAUACUGAAAGGAAAAUGUUAUAGUGCGAAUGAUAAUUCUCACUUAAUUAUUAGCUGUAAGUAACAUGUUUAUGUGAUGAUUGUUUGAUUAUAGCACUAGAGAAAGAAAAUAAAAGGCAGUAUAAUGUAAAAUGUAAAUGUUAAACUAAGUCAACAAUUUAAGGCCGUUAAAUUGAUCGUGCAAACUUUCUCAGCCUAAUUAGCGAAGCUAAGCCAAAGAUAUAAAACCUAAACUAAAAAUUAAAUACUCAAUUAUCAUUCUUGAAGUAUUAAAACAUACACGUACGUACACACUGGUUUCACAAAUUCUAAUUACAUUUCUAUUCAAAAUUUUCAUUAUAUUAAAAUAGGUUCAUAAAGAAAAGCUCAUUCUCUGUGCAUAAUGGAAUAUCAAGAUAUCAGAUGUAUAUUUUAAUUCGUAACUAUUCAAUGAGAUGAAAGCUUUGCUGUUACAUAUAAAGAAAUUAUUGUAGAAAUUAUUUACUGCACUCUGCGGGCCUUAUGUAAUAUUAGAUAUGUAAAUAGUUACUAGAUUACAAUGUAAUCAAAAAUGACACUGAAAUGAUAGAAAACAGCGAUCAUGUAAACAAAUGUACUAUCAUUCAGAACUUCCAAUACCUAACAUUAACAAAGGGCUAAUUGAAAAGCUCUACUAUUAACAUUGUUAAAUGUACCAAAUCAUUUAAUUGUGAAAAUAUGAUUCUGCAUAGCGUUUGCGACAUUGAUCAUUGAUCAUUUUCAUACGGUAAUUCGGUUUAAGGGCAGUGUAUAUUAUGGAAGCUACGUUAAAAUUGUAGAAACAAAUUGAAUCAUCGGGAAUGUUAAUUUUAAUUGUAAAACGAAUGAUUAUUUAACGAAACAUCACGAUCACUUUACACUUGUGUAAUUUUUUUUUUAUAUAAAUCAUAGGAUUUUGAUUUAUUGAAUCAAAGUUGCAAGAUUUUCAAUGGAAUUCCCACAUAAAAUUAUUAAAUAGGGAAAAAGCGAAAUGUUUGUUCUAUGAAUAAUAUUGUUUUACAGAAUAACAAGUAAGUGUGUUUAACAAAUCAUUGUAAAUAUCGAGGUACUGCGUUUUUAAUGAUUUAUAAUAAUUUAUUAAAGUAUUGUAUUAUUGGUAUCGCCAAAAAGAAAAUGGGAAUCCAACGUUUGCAUAUCGUAAUAGGUUGACAAUUUCUUCAAAGUCAUUGUCGAAACGCGUUUCUCAGCAAUGUAAUCAACAUUGUUAAGAAAGUUUCAUUCCACUGCCAUUAAUGGACAAUGAUUCAAAAGUAACCAGCAGAAAGUCUACAUGUACGAUUACUCUAUCUGAUUUAUCGUUUUAAAUACAGGAUCGAAUAAAAAAGUGUAUGUUACAGCGUUUAACAUGUAAAUUUUCUGUUCAACAAACAAAUGCGAGCGCGUCAUAAUGCUUUUCUGUUUUAUGUAUAAAUCAUUGAGAAUGAACGGACGUUCAGAAAGUUUCUGAGAGAACAUCGUAUAUUAAUGAUUCGAGUAUACGUGUAUAACAAAUAAAAAGAAAUUUACUUAAAAA